AUGCCGCCUAAAACCAGUGGAAAGGCAGCCAAGAAGGCUGGCAAGGCCCAGAAGAACAUCACUAAGAACGACAAGAAGAAGAAGCGGAAGAGGAAGGAGAGCUAUGCUAUCUACAUCUACAAGGUCCUGAAGCAGGUCCAUCCCGACACUGGCAUUUCCUCGAAGGCGAUGAGCAUCAUGAACAGCUUUGUGAAUGACAUCUUCGAGCGCAUUGCUGCCGAGGCUUCUCGUCUGGCGCACUACAACAAGCGCUCGACCAUCACCAGUCGGGAAAUCCAAACUGCUGUUCGUCUGCUCCUGCCCGGAGAGUUGGCAAAGCACGCCGUCAGUGAGGGAACCAAGGCUGUCACCAAGUACACCAGCUCCAAGUAA